AAGAAGUUCGCACGUCAUCCACCGUCGCAGCACACAAGCACCAUGGUCCGCACCCUCAUCCUCGCCCUCGCGCUCUCCGCCACCGAUGGGUUCGCUCCGGCGACCAAGGGCAUCCAGCGCGUCGCGCCGAUGAACAUGGAGACGAUGCCGUACAGCUCGCCCGCCGCCCAGUCGUCGUCCGGCCCGCUGGGCCUGGGCCCCCGCGAGUCCCCCAAGAACGCCCCGGGCGCCGACUCCACGAUCCUCGUGCAGGGCGGCUCGCUUCGCACGUGGUCCUACAAGUCGCCGCUCGUCAACCAGGUGCAGGUCGUGCUCUCGACGGAGGGCCGCCCGCUCGACGCCGACCUCGAGCUCUGGCACGGCCCGGACAACACGCCCUGCAAGAUGCGCGUGUACGUCGAGAACGGCCAGCUCCGCCCCUUCAGCUGCGUCAUCGCGACGCCCCGCGGCCCCAACACGGUCGCCAUCCGGAACAUCGGCCAGAUGGAGUUCCCGAUCGCCGCCGACGUGUACGCCAACGACGUCGAGAACCCGUCCGCCGAGACCGCCGGCUCGGCCACGACCAUCCAGGGCGGCGCGCUCCGCACGUACCCGUUCGACCCCCUCGUCAACUCCGUCGAGGUCCUCCUCCGCACGGACGGCCGCCCGCUCAACGCGCGCAUCGAGCUCCUCCAGGGCCCGAACAACAACAAGCAGGUCAUCGAGCUGUACACGGAGGACGGCCUGGACCGCCCCUUCUUCGCCAUCCUCGAGACGCCCGGCUCGGGCAACGUCGUGCGCAUCGUCAACACGGCGCCCGUCGAGUUCCCCAUGACGGCCGCCGUCGUGCCGCACUCCAUCGACGACAAGAUGGCGUCGGGCGCCUUCGACGGCGACGUCGUCAUCGGCGGCGACAUCGGCUGUUGCGUCGAACGAGAACGUCAUCCGCCCGCAUCUCAUUCCACCGACACCAUGGUCCGCACCCUCGUCCUCGCCCUCGCGCUCUCCGCCACCGAUGCACUCGUCCCCGGGGCUACGCGGAGCCCGCGCGUCGCGCCCAUGAAGAUGAUGGAGACGAUGCCGUACAGCUCGCCCACCGCCCAGUCGUCGUCCGGCCCGCUGGGCCUGGGCCCCCGCGAGUCUCCCAAGAUUGCCCAGGGCGCCGACUCCACGAUCCUCGUGCAGGGCGGCUCGCUUCGCACGUGGUCCUACAAGUCGCCGCUCGUCAACCAGGUGCAGGUCGUGCUCUCGACGGAGGGCCGCCCGCUCGACGCCGACCUCGAGCUCUGGCACGGCCCGGACAACACGCCCUGCAAGAUGCGCGUGUACGUCGAGAACGGCCAGCUCCGCCCCUUCAGCUGCGUCAUCGCGACGCCCCGCGGCCCCAACACGGUCGCCAUCCGGAACAUCGGCCAGAUGGAGUUCCCGAUCGCCGCCGACGUGUACGCUAACGACGUCGAGAACCCGUCCGCCGAGACCGCCGGCUCGGCCACGACCAUCCAGGGCGGCGCGCUCCGCACGUACCCGUUCGACCCCCUGGUCAACUCCGUCGAGGUCCUCCUCCGCACCGACGGCCGCCCGCUCAACGCGCGCAUCGAGCUCCUCCAGGGCCCGAACAACAACAAGCAGGUCAUCGAGCUGUACACGGAGGACGGCUUGGACCGCCCCUUCUUCGCCAUCCUCGAGACGCCCGGCUCGGGCAACGUCGUGCGCAUCGUCAACACGGCGCCCGUCGAGUUCCCCAUGACGGCCGCCGUCGUGCCGCACUCCAUCGACGACAAGAUGGCGUCGGGCGCCUUCGACGGCGACGUCGUCAUCGGCGGCGACAUCGGCUGGUAG